GCAGUGAAAAGAGGGGAAGAGGAGAACCAGGAAGCUCCCGACGACAAGGUACAACCUACCGAGUUGCAGACGCUUAAAACCGCCCUAAAACCGUCAGGCUUCUCUCGAGUCAAAGCAGAGAGCCGCAAUGGAUUGUCGAAAGAGAGGUGUGCCCGCUAGUGGCGAUCGGACCACGCAGGAAGCCGGCGGCAAGCAUAGCAAAGUGGACGGGAAGAGACACGUCGCCGCGCUCAUCCUGGCGAGGGGCGGAAGCAAAGGUAUCCCCCUGAAAAACAUUAAGAAACUGGCCGGGGUGCCACUCAUUGGAUGGGUGCUCCGGGCGGCCGUGGACUCCAACAUGUUUGACAGCGUGUGGGUGUCGACGGACCACGACACAAUCGAGCAGGUGGCGCUUGACUGGGGCGCCAAGGUGCAUCGGCGCAGCGCCCAAGUGGCACGGGACUCCACCUCAUCAUUGGAGACCAUCCAGGAGUUUGUCCGACACCAUCCGCAUGUGGACAUAGUGUGUAACAUCCAGGCCACCUCCCCCUGCCUCCACCCAUUCCACGUGAAGGAGGCAUUGGAGUUGAUCAUGCUGCAAGGCUUUGACUCCGUUUUCUCCGUGGUCCGCAGGCACCAGUUUCGCUGGCAGGAGGUCAAUAAGGGCGCGCCUGAUCUAACCAAACCGUUGAACGUGGACCCGGCUAACCGUCCUCGGCGUCAGGACUGGGACGGCGAGCUGUGUGAGAAUGGCUCUUUUUAUUUCACCACCAAGGAGCUCCUCAUGGACCGGGGUCUUCUGCAGGGUGGCAAGGUGUCCUACUACGAGAUGCUUCCUGAGUACAGCGUGGACAUCGACGUGGACAUCGACUGGCCCGUGGCUGAGCAGAGAGUCCUCAGGUAUGGCUACUUUGGCCAGGCAACGCCGGAGGUGGUUCAGCUAAUGUUCUGUAAUGUAUCGGGAUGUUUGACUGAGGGCAAGAUCUAUAUUUCUGCGUCUGGAGAGGAGAUGAUGUCUGUCAACACCAGAGACACGGCUGCCAUCCGCAUGCUGAAGCGAGAGAAAGUGGAGGUGGUGCUGCUGACCACUCGAGAGGACCCUCUGACUCAGACGUUGGCGGAUAGAUUAGCCAAGAGGACAGGCUGUCAGGUGAUUCAGGUAGGGGAGGAGCCUCUUCCUGAUCUGACGGCCAUGCUGAAGUCUAGGAAGCUGAAUUGGAAGGAUGUUGCAUACAUGGGUAAUGACAAGCUUGACGUGGAUUGUCUCAACCUGGCUGCGUUGAGCGGGGUCCCUGCCGAUUCCUCCAAGGUGGCCGUCCAAGCCUCCAAGUACACUUGUCAUUGCCUGGGCGGUAACGGCGCCGUCAAGGAGUUCGCAGAGCACAUUCUGCUCCAGAAGGAAAAGGCCAAAUAUCAGAAGAAGCAUGAUGGCAUCAAUUCCCAGUAGAAUCUCAAAAUGGACUAUGAAAGAAGUCUAUUUGCACUUAAAAGAUUUUUUGAAGAAUGACAUACAUCACUGGUUGAAGUUUUUUGAAGACGUUCUUGUGUGUGUGAGAAUGUGUGCAGACCAGUGGUUGUCAUAUUUGAGCUGGGUGCUAAUACUAGCUUUUGUUGAUUGAAUUAUGACAAACGUCACAAGUUAAAGUUUUUUGAAAUGUUCUUAAAUUGGUGCGUACAAGUGGGUGUGUUUUGUAUGGGUUAAUGGGUGCGGACCAGUGUUCGUGUCAUAAUUGAGCCAAGUGCUAAUGCUAGUUUUUGUUUUUUUGAAUUAUGACAAACAUCACUGGUCGAAGUUUUGUGUUCAUGUUUUUGAUUGGGUGUGGACCAGUGGGUGUUUCAUAUUCAAGCCAGGUGCUUAUGCUAGUUAGCCAAUUAAUUAAUUGUGAUCAUGAAGUUAAUGUCAAUAUAUUACUGAUUUUCACGUUUGUCUUCCCCAAGAUUCCUCAAUGCUGAUAUUUGCUGAGUAAAUUAUUUAAUUAUCUAUGUUUACAAAUAAAAUCACUUUUUGAACUAUU